AUGCAUUACCUGCAGCCGUCGCAGCAGAAGCAUGUCACGAGAAUACUCCUCAUGAUCCCGGUGUACAGCGUCAGCAAUCUCCUCGCGGCGAUCUACUACAGGAAGAGUAUCUACUUCCUCCUCAUCGGCAACGCCUACGCCGCGUUUGGACUGGCGUCCUUCUUCAACCUGCUGAGCUCAUACAUCGCCCCAAAUCUGCACGAACAAAAGCAGUAUUUCAGAACCGUGACGCCAAAGAAAUGGAACUGGCCUGUCCCUUGGCUGCAGAAGUGUACCGGCGGGUCGGAGAGAGGGCUUCUGCGCAACCCACGGAGCGGCCUGACCUGGUUCAAUGUCAUCUUCUUCGGCGUUUUCCAGUACUGUGUGGUCCUGAUGAUCACGUCCGUCGCCGGGGUCAUCGCACAGGCAUUUGACCGCUACUGUUCCGAGGCUCCUAUCCAACCUGCCUUUGCGCAUAUCUGGAUUCUGGCCUUUAACAGCGUCUCCGCUAUCGUUUCAUCCUAUUGUCUGAGUCAGUACCAUGACCAGAAUGUCCACGAUGUCCGCCAGUGGAAGACCAACUUCCAGUUUUUCUGCAUCAACAUUGUGCUCUAUUUGUCGACUUAUCAAAAUUUGCUCAUAUCCAUCCUCGUGAAGUUCGGCGCCUUCACGGCCACCGCGCGCUUUCAAACCCCCGACCUCAACGUCUCCCUGCCGGCAACUCUGCUUUGCGUCGAGAUGGCCAUAAUAUCUCUUCUCCAUCUCUGGGCGUACCCGUACAGGCCGUAUGUCAAAAACGAGACCUGGACGAGGCUCGAUGGAUCGGAGGCGGGGGGCGAGUACAAGGGCGGCACUUUCGGCGUCAGAGCCUUGGUCGACGUGUUGAAUUGGUGGGAUAUUGUCAAAGCCAUAGGCCGUGCAGCCAAAUGGAUGGUCGUUGGGCGCAGGAGCCGACAAGCCGACGUCAGCUACAAAUUGCCCACGCCUUACACGGAGGAUGAUCUGUCCGAGAGCACUCAUCGCCUCCAGACCUUUCCUAGCCGUGGGAGUGGAAUUGGGGAUCAGUAUGAUAGCGGCACCGACGAUAUCGGUCUGGCACCACCCGCCUAUCGAAGUCAACACUAUCCAGAAUACAUCUAG